AUGAUGAUAAAACAUUUUACUGAAAAUUCCAUAGUCACCUCUCCCAAAGACAAGAUGUUUUCCGAAUAUUGUGCCCUGAAAGAAAUCAUUGAAACUUCUCCCCAACCAAGUGGCCGCGCCUCUGAUCCCUUCGAGGUCUUUGAACGCCAGUUCAGCCAUGUUGUCGCCGUCGACGGCUGGGGCUAUCGUCGCAACAAGAUUGACUUCUUGGAGCGCGAGCGAGAAGAGAUGGCGGCUUUAACGAGAGCCUCGGAGAUUGCCCAGAACGUUUGGCUCGGCAAUUCUGCAGAUGUCCCGCUUACCAAAGAGGAUCUAUCGUCCUCACGUCAGCGUGCUGCGUUCGAUGAGCGCCCACCAAUGGUGACCUCCCACUUCGCCAUGACAGACGAGUAUGGAAAUGCGCCGUACAAUGUGUGUGUGGAAGCGCACGACCAGGCCGUGAUCACCUCGUCGCUCGAAUUCCAUCUCAACCAAAACUAUCUCGACAGCAUCAAGCAACGCGCCAAGAACAGCAGCCUCUCUGCCGAGCUUGCCGAGAUCAUCCACAUGGAAGUCCCGAGCACCGGCCAAAGCUGCUCAGGGGCCAUGUCCCGCAAUAAGCUUGUGCGCUACUUGGUUGACCUGUGCACAUGGGUCAAGAAGAUCGCGAAACCCGGCAAAGGCAGGGCUGGCCGAAAAGUGUUGAUUCACUGUCACGAUGGAUAUACAGAGACGUCCCUCUUUGCGCCGUCGUACAUCAUGUACGACCUGGGAUACACCCUUCCCGACGCCUAUCUGCAUCUGCAGAACGACCAGAACCGCUCGUUCUUUGUCUAUCCCGCGGACGUCCAGCUGUUGCGCCGGGUGGAGAGCCGGAUUGAGCAGGAGCUGCACGAGCAACGCAAGGCGCAGCAGAUGCACCGGAUGGCGGUCGAUGAGCCAAGCCGCAGCUCGUUCCUGCGCGGAUGCGUCUCCUUCGGCGUCUCCUCCGUCCACAGCGCCAAGUCCGCCGCCACCCACCCCUCCCCUCCGCCCCGACGCCCUCCCCCCCGCGGACGACCCGGGCACACCAUCCCUGGUUCUACGACCCCCGCUUCGACGGCCACUUCCCCUCGCGCAUCCUGCCCUUCGUCUAUCUGGGCAACCUGA